UCAAAAUCAAAGUUCAAAAGAAUCCUUGAGUGCAGCAUAUUCCCAUAGUAAUGGCAUCAAUUUUUGUCAAUGAUGUUAAACAACACAACACCAAUAGGAUCCUCUUCUCAUGUCUCAACCUUGUGUCUAUAUCACAACAUAUUCUCAUGUCACAUGAACAUAAUGAAAAUUCCAAUGUAAGUGUCAUAAUCACCAAUAUCAAAGUUACUAGUUUUCUUUUCACUAAUAGGAAAAUAUUUCAAACUUCAAAAUAUAGUUUCCACAUACAUCAAAAUAUAAGUAAAGCUUAGUUUCAUACAUCUGAAAAGGGUUUCAAAAUAAGGUCCACGACCACAAUCUGAACCUCAGCAUCAAUGUUUUUGAUGUUUCCGCAACCACAUGCAAGUCAUAUCAACUACAUUUGACCGUAAUUAUCUAUAACAUUAGGGAUCACGGCUGACUGCAACCGCGACCUAAAACAUUGUUUUCUUCAUACUUUAGCCAAUAGUAUAAGCCUUUUCCUUUGUUUCAAAUUUGAAAUCUCUCUCCUUUCAACCAUGUCUUGGAAAAUUCUUGUUAAUCUAAUUGUUUUGAUGAUCCUCCUAUUCCCUCUUCCUUGCCUAACAGAAACAAAUGACCAAUGUCUCCCUUCAUCUUGUGGCAACAUACAAAACAUCACUUACCCUUUUCGUCUACAAACCGAUCCCGAAAACUGUGGUGAUCCAAAUUAUGAACUUUCCUGUGAGAACAAUCAAACAAUACUAAAUCUAUACAAUGGAAAAUACUUUGUAGAAUCCAUCAACUACAAAAAUUCCACAAUAAGGAUCAUAGAUUCAGGUCUGAACAAAGAAAAUUGCUCUUCAAUUCCUCUAUACACUUUAACAAAUGAAAACUUCACCACUGAUAAACCUUAUAGCUUGUUAGAUACUAAUAACUUAGAAACCAUAGCAUUUAUAAGCUGUGCAGCUUCAAUUAAUUCUCCACUUUACAUGGAUACUUCAUCUUGUAACAAAGGAUUGAUCAACUCUUCCAAUUAUGCUGUACUUGGUGACUUGAAAAUCUCUGAGUUGGAGGAUUCAUGCAGCAUACUAGUCAUGGUUGUUACAACUUCAAAAUUGAACAACAGUGGCAAAAACUUUUCGUAUGUGAAUAUUCAUCAGCAACUUGUUUAUGGAUUGGAGCUUUCUUGGCAUGAGAUAUUCUGCAAAGAGUGUCAAGGUAGAGGUUACUGUAAGUUGAAUAACAACAAUGAGGUCAUCGGUUGUUCAAGUAGUAGACCUUGCAGUCAUGACUAUAUACCGUCUUUUAAAUGUGCUUUAAAAGAGCUAAUCCAUACAGUCAAAGAUCUGACUAAAGGUUCUCACUUAUUAGGCGCUCUCAUCGGAAUAAUUCUUCUGAUAAGAAUCAUGGGUGGUUUACUAUUUAUCCCGAUGUACAUGGCAUAUAAAUGGAGAAGGAGGCAUUUAUCGGCAUAUGAUUCAGUUGAAGAGUUUCUUAAAUCUCACAAUAAUCUCAUGCCAAUAAGAUACUCUUACUCAGACAUUAAAAAAAUGACAAAAGGAUUUAAGGAUAAACUUGGCGAAGGUGGCUAUGGUUCUGUUUACAAAGGACAACUUCGCAACGGUCACCUAGUCGCAAUCAAGUUGCUAGGUGGAAAGUCAAGAGCAAAUGGACAGGAAUUCAUCAAUGAAGUUGCUACGAUUGGAACGAUUCACCAUGUUAACGUGGUUCACCUAAUUGGCUUUUGUGUUGAGAAAACAAAAAGAGCACUUGUUUAUGAGUUCAUGCCUAAUGGUUCUCUUGAAAAGCACAUUUUCUCAAGAGAAAGAAUGGGUUCUUUGAGUUCUGAGAAAAUGUUUGAUAUAGCUCUUGGUGUAGCCCGUGGUAUUGAAUAUCUACAUAGAGGGUGUGACAUGAGGAUUUUGCAUUUUGACAUAAAGCCUCAUAACAUUCUUCUUGACGUAAACUUCACUCCAAAGGUUUCAGAUUUUGGACUAGCAAAGUUAUAUCCAACGGACAAUAGCAUUGUGUCUCUUACAGCUGCAAGAGGAACUAUGGGAUACAUGGCACCAGAAUUGUUCUAUAAGAAUAUUGGAGGAGUAUCGUACAAAGCAGAUGUUUAUAGCUUUGGAAUGUUGUUAAUGGAAAUGGCGAGUAGGAGAAGGAACAUGAAUGAGAGUGAAGAUCAUAAGAGUCAAGUUUAUUUCCCUUCUUGGGUUUACGACCAAUUUAGCGAAGGGAAGGAAAUAGAAAUGGGGAAUGGUACAGAAGAGGAGGAGAAGAUACUGAAGAAGAUGAUAAUAGUUGCAUUAUGGUGUAUACAGAUGAAACCAAUUGAUCGUCCUUCGAUGAACAAAGUGGUUGAGUUACUUGAAGGAGAUGUCGAGUCCUUGGAAAUGCCUCCUAAGCCAUUUCAAACUCCAAAAGGAAUGCCUGUACAAGGAAUUGGACAACUCAGAAAUCUACCUUGGCUGCUACCUGGAGAUUCUACAAACUCGCUUACCAUUGUUAUAAAUCGACGUUAAGCUAGAUACAACAUGUUUGGAAACACAGUAAUUUCGAGUUGAAUGCACGGCGAAUGACAUCUCCAAGGCCUAACAUUCUACCAUACCUGCUGUGGCACCGUAGUUUUGUUUUCCAAACACGAGCUUAGUUUUACAUAGCCUAUUAAAUAAUGUUAUUGCUUAAAAUAAUUUUGAUUUCAGUUCUGAAUAGUAACAGUAGCCCAUUUUAAGUAUUA